AUGAAGUUCCCAAUCACAAGUCUGAUCACUCUCCUUGCUGUUACCCAAAACGUAUCAGCUUGGUAUGUCAAAUUCAUGAACGAAGACAACAAAUGCGAAAUUGGUGGGGAAACGGAGUACCAAAUCUUCACCGGCGACAAGUUUGACUGCUACAAUUUUGGUGCAAGCUUGAACGAAGGCACUGAAUGCGAACACUUUCGCAAAGGUGGCAGUGAGAAGCUUUGGGAAUGCAAGGGUACAUUCAUUGCGAAAUCUGCCAAACCCAAGCAUGACACGGGCUCUGUCUGCAAAUUCUAUGCACUAAAUGACUGCAGUGGCGUUGGUACACCUGGAACGGGAGAGGGUGACUCGUGUGUUCCCGUAAGCCAGAUCAUCGGAGAUGGUGGUAGUAUCCCUCAGCGAAUUGCCUCUUUCAGAUGUGAAAACACAGAGGAACCGGCUUAA